CGUACACAGAAGAAAACGAAGGUAAUCUCUUUUGACCGUUGUUUAUGCAUUGAAAUUUCAAAGGUAUACCUGUCAAAGUGAAUGAAUUAUUUGUUGUUUGACUAUGUCAAAUUAUCCAUAUCCCUGUAGUAGUUGCAAACAGCAUGACUUUGAGUGUACUAUCUGCACAAAACUCGCAUCUCUGUAUCUAAUUAGAAACCACCAGAAUCUUUUAGUUUCAAUUAGCAUGGUGGAAGGAUAUCUUGUUCCAAAUAUGAUUAGCAAUUCCAAUUCAUUAAUGUUGAUGAUGGUAUUAAUACUGGUUGGCACGGUGCCGGGGAUAUGCCACGGUGAAGAUGGGUGUGGAGGACACAGGUGCGGAUGCCAUGGCCCUCCAAUUCGAUUCCCAUUCCGUCUUAAAGACAAGGAGCCCCCUCACUGUGGUUACCCUGCCUUUGAUCUCACUUGUUCUGAUUCUCAUGAUACCUUCAUUGAGUUCUCUGCUUCUCCUGUCCCACUUAAACUCCUUGUCACUGAUAUCCAAUAUGAAUAUAACUCUUUCCAAGUCUCUGACACGCAAAAUUGCCUUCCCGCCCACUUGCUCAAACUCAUAAAAAAUUCUUCCUCAAUUUCUCCUUUCCAGUUCAGUCGGGAUCAAACUCUGAACGAUAUAUCUUUCUUCAAUUGUUCACCUGAUCCGCAAUAUCAACUCUCCUGCCCCAUUUACGUUGCUGACAGCUACGAUUUACUCCUCAGUUCCAAUCUCGUAUCUUGCACCAAGAUUUUUGACAUUUCUUCAACCUUCUAUGACCCACAAUUAGUAGUUUGGUACAAUACUUUGGAUUUGUUGUGGUCGAAACCUAAUUGUAGCAUGUGUGAAACACAAGGCAAGAGAUGUAAACUGAAGAACAAUGGCACUCAAGGUGAAGUUGAGUGCUUCGGCCACCAUCAUAAUAACUUGCUCUUCGGUUCUACAGGUGUUGUGGCAGGUUUAAUUCUGCUGGCAGCAGUGGCUAUUGCAGUGUUUAAGAUCUAUCAACAUUUUAGAAUGAAAGGAGAAGAUCGAGCAAGAAUUGACAAGUUCUUGGAAGAUUACAGGGCACUCAAGCCUACCAGAUUCUCUUAUUCUGAUAUAAAGAGGAUCACAAAUGGUUUCAAGGACAAGCUGGGUGAAGGAGGUCAUGGAGCAGUCUUCAAGGGCAUGCUCUCCUCGGAAAUUGGCGUAGCUGUGAAGAUACUCAACAGCAACACAGAGGGUGAAGGGAAAGAUUUCACCAACGAGGUGGGAACCAUGGGCAAAAUUCACCAUGUCAAUGUGGUUCGCUUACUUGGCUUUUGUGCGCAAGGAUUUCAUUGUGCUCUAGUUUAUGAUUUCUUUCCAAAAGGUUCAUUGCAAAACUUCAUAUCCACGCCAGAUAACAAGGACGUCUUCCUUGGAUGGGAGAAGCUUCACCAAAUUGCCCUUGGUGUUGCUAGAGGCAUUGAGUAUCUUCACCAUGGUUGUGAGCAACAGAUCCUUCAUUUUGACAUCAAUCCCCACAAUAUCUUACUAGAUGACAACUUCACUCCCAAGAUUACUGAUUUUGGGCUUGCCAAGUUGUGUUCCAAAGAUCAGAGCAAAGUUUCAAUGACAGCAGCCAAGGGAACCAUGGGCUACAUUGCGCCUGAAAUUGUCUCAAGAAACUUUGGAAAUGUGUCUUACAAAGCAGACAUUUAUAGCUAUGGGAUAUUGUUGCUUGAAAUGGUAGGAGGAAGGAAAAACAUAGAGAUGGAAGUUGAGGGGUCUUUAAGGAUUUUAUACCCCGAAUGGGUGCACAAUUUGCUUGAUGGGGGAGAUUUUCAAGUACACAUUGAAGAUGAGAAAGACAAUAAACUUGCAAAGAAAAUUGCAAUUGUUGGACUACAAUGCAUUCAGUGGCAGCCAUCAGAUCGUCCUUCCAUCAAAACUGUCAUAAGUAUGUUAGAAGGAGAUGCAGACAAAUUAAGUGUACCUCGUAAUCUUUUCGACUUAACAAACUCUAUUAGCAGAGGACGACGAAUAACCCACCAGACAAGGCCUUUAAAUUUAGAGUUGGAGAGGAUUGAAGAAUUAGAUCAUUGUCAAACAAGUCCUUUCAAAAGAAAGCUUACCAUGUGGAUAUGGUGCGAGGUAGGAAUAAGCAUUGUUUUGGUGUUACACCAAAGUUUGGUUGCCGGACAAAGGCAGAGCUGCGUGCCAUCAUCGUGCGGCAAAAUUGCAAACAUAAGUCAUCCUUUCCGAUUGAAAGAUGACCCGGCGAAUUGCGGGGACAGCAAGUACGAACUAGAAUGCGUGAACGACGUGGCAAUGUUACGGUUAACAGAGGAAGCAGAUUACAAAGUGGAGGCCAUAAAUUACAACAACUACACAAUCAGGUUAGUAGAUCCCAACAUUCAAGAGGAUAAUUGCUCCUCCCUCCCCCGCUACUUCUUGUACAGAUUCAAUUUCAGCGCUGACCCCUACCGCGUCUACCCUGUUUCCAAUCAUUGGGAUGUCGAUAACGCAUACCAUGCCACUCAAAUGCAAGGCCCAGUUCUUGGAGAUUAUAUCCCGCUAUUUGAGCACAUAAUAUACGUGAACUGUAUCACAGCAGUGAGAGACGUGGACAAGAAUAACGCUUCUUCCUCCUGCUUGGAUCUGAAUACAUACGUAGUUGCUGGAGAGUUAGGAGCCACAGGAUCGAUAUGGAAGCCUGGAUGCCGCAUCAACAAAAUUGCUGCCACCUCUGGCUUGUUUCAAUUCCAAAAACAGCAUCCCUACAAUGGUUGGGAAUGGAAGGGUGAAAUGGAAAAGGAUGUCGAUGAUCCAAUAGCAUACAGUGAUGUUCAUAAGGCGCUGGCUUAUGGAUUUGAGGUCUCAUGGUUGCAUGCUAUUUGCCAUGAGCACCACUGUGGACCGGGAGCUUGCUACUUCAACCACACCGCUCAAAACGUUCUCUGUUAUUCUCUCUGUUCUUAUUCAAAGGGAGGAGCCCGCCGCUGUGGGUUUUGGAAGCAACUUCGAAGCUACACUCUAGAUUAUUUGCAUCCGUUUUUUUACGGAAUGUACACUCUAAUAAGGUUUAAAACUCCGAAAGAUAUAUGGGAAACAUCGUUUUUGGUUCAUCCCAAGACAGCGCUCAUGGGGUGGUACGGUCUAUUAUCAUAUAUGGUAACAAGGAUUCUGUUCGGGGUUGCAUUAUUAGUUGUGUUAUUGAUCUACAAAUGGCGAAGAAGAAAUUUAUCAACGUAUGUGAAUAUUGAGAAUUUUCUACAGGAUAAUCACCUCGCUCCCAUAAGGUACUCAUAUAGAGAAAUUAAAAGUAUGACACAAAAUUUCAAGGUCAAAUUGGGCCAAGGUGGUUUCGGCUCUGUGUACAAGGGCAAAUUACGCAGUGGUCCUCAUGUAGCAAUAAAGAUGUUGAAACAGUCCAAGACUAAUGGUCAGGAUUUUAUUAAUGAGGUUGCAACCAUUGGGAGAAUACAUCAUGUGAAUGUGGUUCGACUCAUUGGAUUUUGUGUUGAAGGAUCAAAGCGUGCACUUGUUUAUGAUUUCAUGUCUAAUGGUUCGCUUGAUAAAUAUAUUUUCUCUAAGGAAGAAAGCAUUCAUUUGAGUUCUGAGAAAAUAUAUGAGAUAUCUUUGGGAGUAGCUCGCGGGAUUUCAUAUCUUCAUCGGGGUUGUGCUAUGCAAAUUCUACACUUUGAUAUCAAGCCCCAUAAUAUCCUUCUUGAUGAAAACUUCAUCCCCAAGAUUUCGGAUUUUGGAUUAGCUAAAUUGUAUCCCAUAGAUCGUAGCAUUGUCACUUUAACUGACAAAAGAGGAACCAUUGGCUACAUUGCUCCGGAAUUGUUUUACAAUAACCUUGGUGGAGUCUCCUAUAAAGCUGAUGUUUAUAGCUUUGGAAUGUUGUUGAUGGAAGUGGCAGGUAGAAGGAAGAAUUUGAAUCCACAUGCUGAAAAUUCAAGCCAAGUAUUCUUUCCAACUUGGGUCUAUGAACAAGUUAGCAAAGGAAAAGAAGUUGAAUUGGACUGUAAUGGAACAGAAGUUGAAAAGAGUAUGGCAAAGAAGCUGAUCAUAACUGCAUUGUGGUGUAUACAACUCAAACCUUCCGAUCGACCUUCAAUGAACCAUGUAGUAGAGAUGCUUGAAGGAGAACUUUACAAUCUAACAAUGCCUCCGAAGCCUUUGUUAUAUCCAACUGAAAACUUGAAUUCUGAACAAACCAGAGCAGGUCACUCAACAAAUGCUGCAGGUGAUUUUGGUGAAACUAUCACUAGUAAUGCUACACUAGAGAAUAGCUUAUCUGGUAGAAAUUGACUAUAGUGUCAAGUAGUUUGAUUUCUCAUUCUUGUAAAAUAAUCUUUCGAAACCAGUUUAUGUUAUCAUGUUAUGCAAAGAUAAUUUUUAAAGAAAUACACAUCUGUGCUGCACAAGCAUGGCAUAUA